AUGAGGCUCUUCCGGAGACGCUACAGCCCCUUGAAGGUGGCUUUGGUGGGCGCCGUCUUCGUCAUCUUCGUCUUCAUCCUGCAGAAGGACGUGGGGAACAAGGACCCGAGCGAGGAACCCUGGUUGAAGAACAUCGUCCAGGGGAAGGACCAAGUCCUCGACCUGAUGCUGGGAGCGGUCAACAACAUCCGAGACUCGAUGCCGAAGCUGCAGAUCGGCGCUCCGGUUCGGCAGGAGGAACCGCCGUCCGGCGCUCGCUCCUGCCUCCCCGGCGUCUACACGGCGGCGGAGCUCCGGCCGCUGAUGGAGAGACCCCCCCAAGACCCCGCCAGCCCCGGAGCCGAUGGCAAAGCCUUCAAGAAGGAUCAAUGGACGCCCGAGGAGACGAAGGAGAAGGAGCGAGGUUACGAGAAGCAUUGCUUCAACGCCUUCGCCAGCGACCGCAUCUCCCUCCAGCGAGCGCUGGGACCCGACAGCCGCCCGCCGGAGUGCAUCGACCAGAAAUUCAAGCGGUGCCCCCCCCUGCCCACCACCAGCGUCGUCAUCGUCUUCCAUAACGAAGCUUGGUCGACGCUGCUGCGGACGGUGUACAGCGUCCUGCACACCUCCCCGGCCCUCCUGCUGAAGGAGAUCAUCUUGGUGGACGAUGCCAGCACGGAUGACUACCUGAAGGACGAGCUGGAUCGCUACGUGGAGCAGCUCCAGAUCGUGCGAGUCGUGCGGCAGGAGGAGCGGAAAGGGCUGAUCACGGCGCGGCUGCUGGGGGCCAGCGUGGCCAGCGGGGAGGUCCUGACCUUCCUGGAUGCCCACUGUGAGUGUUUUCACGGCUGGCUGGAGCCCCUCUUAUCCCGCAUCGCCGAAGAGCCCACAGCCGUCGUAAGCCCUGACAUCGCCACCAUCGAUCUCAACACCUUCGAGUUCUCCAAGCCCGUCCAGAACGGCAAACAGCACAGCCGGGGCAACUUCGACUGGAGCCUGACUUUCGGCUGGGAGGUCGUCCCGCCCCGGGAGAGGCAGCGGAGGAAGGAUGAGACCUUCCCCAUCAAGUCCCCGACCUUCGCCGGUGGCCUCUUCGCCAUCUCCAGGUCCUACUUCGAGCACAUCGGCUCCUACGACGAUCAGAUGGAGAUCUGGGGGGGCGAGAACGUGGAAAUGUCCUUCAGGGUCUGGCAGUGUGGGGGUCAAGUCGAGAUCAUCCCUUGCUCCGUCGUGGGUCACGUCUUCCGCUCCAAGAGCCCCCACACCUUCCCCAAGGGCACCCAGGUCAUCUCCAGGAACCAGGUCCGCCUGGCCGAGGUCUGGAUGGACGACUACAAGGAGAUCUUCUACAGGAGGAACCAGCAAGCCGCUCAGAUGGCCAGAGAGAAGACGUAUGGUGACAUUACAGACCGGCGCAAGCUGAGGGAGCAGCUCCACUGCAAGAACUUCACCUGGUACCUCCAGACUGUCUACCCGGAGAUGUUCGUUCCCGACCUGACUCCAACUUUUUACGGUGCGAUAAAAAACGAGGGCACCAAGAGCUGCCUGGAUGUCGGUGAGAACAACCACGGUGGGAAACCACUCAUCAUGUACCCCUGCCACGGGAUGGGGGGCAACCAGUAUUUUGAGUACACGAGCCAGCGGGAGCUGCGGCACAACAUCGGGAAGGAGCUCUGCUUGCGGGCGGGCUUGGGCUCGGGCUCGGCCCAGCUGGGCGACUGCCAGUACCGAGGGAAGCCCGGGCGGGUGCCAGCCAGCGAGGAGUGGGACCUGGCGCAGGACUGGCUGAUUAAAAACCCGGCCACCGGUACGUGCUUGACGGCACGAGGGAAGCACCCGGCGAUGGUUCCCUGCAACGUAGCGGACCCCCACCAGCGCUGGUCCUUCACCUAG